AUGAGGAAUGCAAAUCCUAAGCCAGGAGAGGACAACAGCUUGAAGACUAGAAGAGAAAACUCGCUCAAUGCGCAACUCAUCUCGCAAAAGUCAAGAACACUGAAGUGGGAAAUCCAGCAACACAAAGCAGUGCAGGUAUGGGAUUGGUUAUUCAAAGCUUGCGAGGUAAAUGGUAGGAUACUGCUUCGUGAUGGCCUGAUAAAUAUCCAGGAAAUUGAAGAAUGCCUUGUUAAGGCUAAUUGUAAGAAGCUGAGCAUCAAAUUACCUACUUGGUCCGUACUACAUUGUCUGCUUGUAUCUGCGAAGUCUGACUCAUCUGGGCUGGUGAUCUCUGAUGAUGUAGAGUUGGCAAGAAACAAUGGACCAAGGGAAAAGGUGUUUGAGUGGUUAAUCGAACCGUUAUUAAUUAUGAAAGAGCAAAUAAAGAAUCUGAAAGUAGAAGAAAAUGAAGAAACCUGUCUGAAAAGGCUGGUUAUUGAGUGCGAAAACAAGAGGCCCGAGGAGUGGGAUGGAACUGGAUUUCCAUCCAAUGACAAUGUCAGAAGGGCACAGCUGCAAGCCAUUAUCAGAAGAUUGCAGGGGAUUGUAGCUUCCAUGUCCCGGUUUCCGACCUUCCCGCGUCGCUUUAGGAACAUGAUGAAGGUUUUGUACGCAGAGGCAAUUCAGGCUGGUGCUUCAGCCAGUCAUAUUGGAGUAGCAUUAAAAUCCAAAUACACUAGCAAGAGCUUGAUUGGGUCUGGGAGUAGAGAAGGUAGAAAUGAAACUGAUGAGGUAAUUAAUGAGGCAUAUGAUAGCGGGGAUGUAGUAUGAGUUGGCUUUUGUAAGAUGUGUGUUUUUCUUUCUCUCUUUGGAUGUUGGACUUGUGCCGAUAGUACCUUUAAUCCUCCGUUAAAUGUCUGUUGAACGAGAGGUCUCUCUUGGUUCAGAACAGCGAGAAAAUCAAAAUCUGCACUCGCUUAAAAAUCCCAAGCACUCUUUCGGACUGGAUAGUGCACCAACCCUGAAACAUCUUUUGUGGCAUGGAAUCUCUCAAAACAAGAUCAUGACUCGGAAAGCUUUUCCAACGCCCAAGUGACAAGCAUUUUCACACAAGGAUGAGAAUGUUAUCACAUCCAAAGCUGGAGGGAGUCGAAAGAGUUUCAAAUUCAAACAUAACUCUGAAUGUUAUUUAACACCAAGGAACAUUUCUAUCUUAGAUAAACUAUGAGGGCUCUGCCCUUUCUAGUUCUUUUGAUCAAUAAGAAUUUCAUACACCAAAAAAUU